AUGCUCUUCCCGCUGGUGUUGCUCCUGCUCCUGGUGGCCACCACAUCGCGAGGCGAGACGAUCCUCCUGCGCGAGGCCCGGUACCCUUUCACGCAGGGGUUCCUGCCGGAUUCCUUUUCCACUGGGCCCGGGUCUCCCUCCAUGGGUCACCGUCGGGUGGGCACCACCAAAAUCACCACCAUGACGCAGGAGAACUUUCAAAGCAGCGUCAACGAGUUCCGCUGGGGGGCUUUCUUCCUGGAUUCGACGCGGACCGCGAUCCGCGAGGGGCCCGGCGACCCGAGUGCCGCGUCCCUCUUGAUCCUCCCUCAGGGCAACAAUUUGUUGCCCCUCAUGGUGGAGACCACCCCGAGCACAGUCAAGUUCUUCACCUCGGCCGUCGCGCAUCCCUUCCCCAGCCCGAUGACCGACAUCCUGACCGGCACGGCCUUGCCCAAUGGCGAUGUCCUUCUCCUGGGGCUGGUCGGGCCUUCGGAUCAGGGGCGAUCGAUUUUCUUGGCCAAACUCACGGCAGCUGGUCUGGUGGACUUGGGUGCCAAUAUUGGCGAUGUGAUGGGCCCGGCCUUGGGCGCUCCUGGAGGCGGCUCCUCCCUCUACAUGGCCCAUGGGUCGCAAAUUCGCUAUAUGCACCUGGACGGGGCGGAUAGCGUGUCGUCCUAUCAGCAGGAAUUCCCCGCCAAUGUCCUGGGCAUGGUCACCACACGAGUCGUCUCCACCGACAGCCUGUGUCCCUUCCGAGCCGAUGUGGUGCUCCUGCUGGACAAUGGCAAGAUCCUCCUGGAGCCCUGCUUUGGCGGUGUGCCGUACAUGGAGCCGAUCGUGGGAGACAUGCCCAUCGCGGCGGAUCCGUCGAACGUUCAGCUUCUGGCGGCGCCGGCCGCCGCCGUGGCCAAUGGCGUCACGCCCUUCUACCUGGUGAUUGCCAAUGCAUCGACUUCCUCGGAUAGGCUUUGGCAGUCCCAUGUGCAACAGGGAGCCCUGACGUGGAAUCGGGUGAUGUUGCCGUUGUCCAUUCUCAAGCUGGAAAAGUUGUCCUUGGCUCGGUUGUACAGCGGCCCCGACGCCGAGCCCGGGAUAUGGACUCUGGUGCAUGGCUCGAGGGUGCUCUACAUGUCGGAGGACUUCGGGUGCCACACCGACAGCACCAUCAUCUGCCCGAGCAGCACGGGCUACAAUAGCCACUCGAAAGGCUGGGCAUGUGCCCCGGGCCAUGUCGGCUCGCCAUACAUGGCCGACGGGCUUCUGUGUGGCGGGGGGGCGGAUGGCUUUUUCCUGGACCGACCGGCCGAUGAGGCGCCCUUCUCUCGGCCGGGCCACCAAUGCAAGCGCUGUCCCCAGGCGAAUUGCCUAUCCUGCAAUGCGGAGGGGUGUCUCCUGUGUCAUUUCAACUUCCACCCACAGAUCCCCAGCGCCGCAGGUGGUGCCACCACCUGUGUGUCCAGCUGCUCGCCUGGGUUUAGCCUGGUGGCCGGGGUCUGUCGGCCCAGCAGCCCCCCCCUGCCGAACAUCCAUUGGGCCCUGCCGGCUCCCUUCGCCUUUCUUGGACUGGAUCCCGGCGACCGGAUCACGGCCCUGGGGGAGAGCUGGCUGUCGGUGGACACGCACACCGGGCAGCCGGUCAUCCCGGCCGUCGAUGACGUCCGUGGCCCCGGGCCGCGGGUGCUGCUGUUCACGGAGCAGCGCAGGACCUAUAUCAUGGCCGCGAGCGACGUCGGCCAGCCCGGGCAGCCGACCUUUCGGCCGGUUUCCCUGCUGGACCCACAUCCGGCCGCGCCGACGAUUGGCUUUGCCGAGCUCGGCCCCUUUGUGUUCGGUGGAUCGGUCGUGUACAUGGUGGCUUUGUGUGGGGCAUCUGGCGCGUCGCAGAUCGUGUCGCUGAAGUGUUCGGGCCCGGUUGCCCCGUGCGUGCCCUCCAGUCGGGCAUCUCAAAGUGUCCCAGGCGGGGGGUACUCCCAGGCGCGGCGUUUGAGCUCCACAAGCGCCAUCAUGCCCAUCGGCCACGAUGAGAUGACUGUCAUCCGGGUCGAUCCGCCGGCCGAGGAGGCCCGGUUCUUGCUUCUGCCGGCCACCGGGGCCGUCAGCCUGCCGGCCAAAGUGGAGGCCGGUACUCGAGCCCGACCUGACUUCGGGGACUGGCUCGUGUGGACCACCCAGCUGACAAAGGCCACGGCCGUGCCGUUGUCCCUCCUGAACAAUGACCCGCGCAUGAAUGCGCUGGCUGGGCUCUUCAUGUCGAGCUUGCCGAACACCGGCAACUCAUAUAUGCCGGUGACCAUUCCCCGCGGCCGGGGGUCCGGUUUGGUGGAGUUGGUCUUUGUCCAGGUGGCCGGUACUGAGUGGCACAUUAUCCGGUCCCCGGGGGACAUGUUGCCGUCUGGCCGGUCGGUGGAUUUGGCAUCUCAGCGCCAUGCGCUCGGGUCCUUCCCGAGGGACCUGCCUCCCAACAACCAGGGCAUCUUGAAUAUCGUCCUUCAGGGCGUGGAGCUCACGUCCGGCAGCUCCACCUAUCCCAGUGCCUUGCUGCUGAUAACGCGCACCUUUGUCGGGGUGUCGUUGUUGCACUGUCCCGGCGGUGCUACCGGGUCGUGUGUCCUGCUGCCGGCCACCUUCGCGGUCCUUCCGCCGGAGUACAGCCCCCCGCAGGGGACACGAACUUGGCUGCAGGCCGUGGUGAAGCCGGGCGCCGGCCUGGCCAGCCAGGACUCGGGCGCCCUGCCCGCGGGUAUUGUGCUGGACUUGCUGACUUUCAGCAUGGAAACCGGGCCGGUGUCUUUGUCCUUGGCAUUGCUGUGCCCGCCUGGCACGGCAGGCAGCGGGUGUGGUGCCUGCCACGAGACAUGCACCGAGUGCGAUCGUCCGGCCGACUCCGGAGCCUGCUCUGCCUGCCAACCGGGAAUGGCCCUCUUCAACGGGAUGUGUCUCAGCCAGUGCCCGGCCGGGACCUGGACGGAUGUCAACACAUGCCGAGCCUGCCCGGUCCUCUGUGACAGCUGCCAGUCCGGCGACUCGUGCACAGGCUGCGUGGCCCAGCAUUUCCUGGCCCCUGGCGGGCUUUGCACGGCAUGCCAUGGGUCAUGCGCCGAGUGUGAGGACGCCUCCAGCUGCCUGUCCUGCCAGCCGGGGCUGGUAUUCCUCGGGGCCGAUGUGCAGCUGCUGGCCCUGCCGACCGGGGCGUCUCCCACGCGGUGUGUGCCGGCCUGCCCGGCGGGCUACCACACCACGGCGUCGGGGUGCUCGCCGUGUGGGUCCCAUUGUGCCAGCUGCCCGGCCUCGGAGGCGUCCUGUGCUCAGUGCGAGCGCGGGUGGCUGCUGGCCAGCCCGGAGUGUGUGUCCUCCUGCCCGGGCGGCAGUCUGACGCUGGGGAAUGUGUGCAUCACCUGCCAUGGCACCUGCGCCAGCUGCUUUGGCCAUGGGCCGAGCCAAUGCCUGAGCUGCAGACCCGGGGCCCCGUUGCUGGUCGAUGGUGCCUGCCUCGACGCCUGCCCGGUCGGCACCUUCCAGCAGGGCCAGGCAUGCCUGCCGUGCAGCGACGCAUGUGCCUCCUGCGUGGAGCCGGGGCCGAGCGAGUGCAGCACCUGCCCCGGGAACCGGGUCCUCCUGUCUGGGUCUUGCAUUGCCGGCUGUGCGGAUGGCUUCUUCGUCGAAGGGGGCAUUUGUCUCGAGUGCCACGCGGCCUGUGCCAUGUGCGCCGAUGGCAGGACCUGUACAAGAUGCAAGGGGUCGGCCUUGGUCGGUCCCACGGGGGCCUGCGUGUCGACCUGCCCGGUUGGCUGGCGUGCAUGCCCGGACUCGGGCCAAUGCCUGGCAUGCCCGGCCCACUGCGUGGAAUGCAUGUCGGCCGAUGGGGCCUGCACGGGCGUCUGUACGUCGUGCGAGGAGGGCUUUGUCCUGGCCUCCGGCCAAUGCCGGGAGCAGUGUCCGAUCGGGGAGUUCCUGCGGCCGGGGGCCGACACCUGCCAGCCCUGCGACGCUCCCUGCCACACGUGCAUCGGAGUGGCCAACCGCUGCACGAGCUGCGCUUCGGGGCUCCUGCGCCCGGAGGAGGGAACCUGCGUGUCGGCUUGCCCGGCCGCCGAAGCCCCGGUGGAGGGCGCGUGCCUCAAGUGCUUUGCCGGGUGUGACCAGUGCGAGGCCGGUGUCGGCCAGCCCGGCUGUCGGUCGCUUGGCGGUCAUUUGGCCGACUGCCCGGAGAUCAUCUCCUGCAAGGCAUGCAGUCCGGGGCUGCUGCUGCUCGGGGGGAACACCUGCGUCGAUGGCUGCCCGACUGGUCACUAUGCCGAUGUGGAAGGCUGGCCGCAUGGGUGUGUGCCCUGUCACCCGAGCUGCGCCGGCUCCUGUGCCGGGGCCGGUGUUGAUGGUUGCGUGUCGCCCUCCGGGCCGGGGUCCUCGCGCGUCGGCCUGGCUGUCGGCCUUGCAUUGGGGCUGCUCCUGUUGUUGAUCCUCCUCAUCUUGGUGGUGCUGUGUCUCAUCCGCCGGCGCCGCCAGAGGGGCGGUGCCCUGGGCAAGGCCCCUCACGAUGAGGAUGCCACCAUGCUGAACACCAUCGUGGAGCUGGCCCUGCCCGGGGCCAUCCUGGUCGGUGUCGACACGGACUUCCGGCCGCUGGAUGAGCAGCUGGGCACCGGGACCCAGGCAUCGGUCUAUGCGGCGCAGGCGGUGGGCACGGGGAUCAUGGCGCGCCUGGGCUCCUCUAUGAUGUGGAUUCUCCAGGACGAUAUGGUCUUCCUGGGCUAUCAGCAGGCCGACAUGCUGAGCGACAUCCCGGAAGUCCGGUGGGGGACCUUUUUCAGGUUGCCCAGUCAAAAGUUUUCCGUCGGUGCCCCGGGCCAGAUACAAAGCCCGAGUUACAUGCUUCUGCCGGUGGAGGGGGAUCCGCUUCCGGAGUUAGUCUGGCACAAUUCAUCCAUCGUGUCGUUGUUUACCUCGUCUCACCAGUUUUCCCUGCCGGCUCCGGGCAUCGAGCUUCUUGCUGGAUUUGCUCUUGAAGCCGGCAGAGUGGUUCUUCUGGGCCAGACAAAGGCCAUUGACACGUUCCGUCGGCUCUACACAGUCAUUUUGGGACCGACCGGCCAUACUGCCGACGAAUUCCUGCCCGAAAUGAUGUGGACCGACCACCUUGUCACCGUCGGCUGGAUGUGGUCCUUCUACGUGGCCCACCAAAGGGAUAUACUGCAUCUGUUCUAUGAUGGUGGGCUGCGACUUGAAGUGCAUCGUCUCGAGCUGCCUGCCGAUGCUCUGGACCUGGUGGCCACGCGACUUGUUUCUCCGGCGGAAAGCUGUCCAGGCUGGUCGGAUCUGGUUGUCCUGACGGCCGAGGGCACCCUCGAGGUCUUCCUCUGCCUCGGUCCGGAAUCCCCCCGGAGCAUCGUGUCAGAACGGCUGCCAAGCGGCACACAUUUGGCCGGGGCCCGGUUGCUGGCCCCACGGGCAGAUGCUCUGGCCCUUGAUCCAGGGCCCCUGUACCUGAUCGCGCCGCACUCGCUGCAGCAGGCUGACCGUCUGUGGAAGCUCCUCAUCAAAGACCAAAUACUCAGUUGGCAGCGGCUCAUUUUGCCGGAUGCCGGCUUGCGCGAUAUGGGGUCGGGGUUUCCGGAGUUGCUGCGGUUGCGUGUGGUGGCUGAUCAUCCCCCUAUUUGGACCUUGGUCCUGAAUCGGCAUGUGCUAUUUGAGGCCGAGCAUUUCGCUUGCGCCAGCGACGAUACCAUCGAUUGUGGCUCUUCCGCGUCAGGCUCCUCGGCUGACGGCUGGUCAUGCGUCGGUAGCCGUGCUGGGUCCCCCUUUGUCGCCAGUGAGCAGCUGUGUCCCGGGUGUGCGAAUGGGUACUUCCUGGAUCGUCAGAGUGGUGGUGGGACCUCCCCUUCUGGGAGCCAAGCGUGCAUCCCGUGCCACCAGGCCAACUGUGACACCUGUUUCAAGAGCAACUGCCUGGUGUGCGCCCCUGGCUUCCUGCUGGAAGCCCGACCCGACGAUGGCACGACGGUCUGUGUGGCCACCUGCUCGGCGGGCCUCGUCGGGAUGGAGGGAAGCUGUCGGCCGGUGGAUUCCCUGCAGCUCGCUGGCAGGGUGGGUGCAUGGGAGAUGGAUCUGGCUCCCGGGGAAGUGAUCACUGCCCUCGCGAGCACCCGGCUCCUGGUCGACGACUCGUCAGGUCAGUUGAUUUUGCCGGCAGCCGGAUCGGCUUCCGGCCUGCUGGCUUUUAGCACGUCGGCCAAGGCCCUCUUUUGGAUGGCCAAUCAGCCGGGUUUCUCGAUCGCCGCUCCGGCCCGGCGUGUGCUGUCUUUUACGCCGCCACUCAUGCAUGAGAUUGUCCACUUGGCCGAGGUGGGCCCCUUCUCGAUGGGCAGCCAGCGAUCGCACCUGCUGGUCAUGUGCGACAAGAACCAGGAAGUCUUCCUCGGUUGGCUGGUCUGCUCCAUGGCCGAGAGCUGCACGCCGGGGCCGGUUGCCUCGCUGCUGUCGCCGGGGCUGGCGGAUUGCGUGGGGGUUCGGCAAAUCAGCGUCGAUGUCAUUCUGAUCGACCGGGCCGAUGGGCAGCUGACAUUCCUCCAGGCGCAACCGGCCACCCGGACCCAUGUCCUGUGGGCCACAUCCGGAGCGGGUGCUGUGGUCCUGUCUGCUCGGGGCACCAGCCGCGCGGAUCGGGCCCCGGAAGACUGGCUGGUGUGGGGCAGCCUGCAUGGGAAGGUCACUGCCAGCCCGAUUGCCCUUGCCUUGGAGGGCAGUGCGUCCGACUCGCGGCUGGCGGUGCGGGAUGAGGGUUUCCUGGCCGGCAGCUCAUCGAAUGAUGCCGGGCUCAUGCCGGUGUUGCUCCCACGACCGGGCAGCAUCCCGGAAUUGGUCUUCUCCCAGGUGUUUGGCGUGGAUUGGAUAGUCCGGCACACGCCGGGAGACCUGUUGCCGGCUGGGCGAUCCACACAACUGCCCUUUUUCCAGGAACAUCUCGGGACCCUGCCAGAGGAAAUCAGCCCAGCGGCCGCCAUCGGGCCGAGCAUUCUCCUCCAGGGCCUGGCCCUCGAGGGAGGGGAUCCCCACUUUCCGAGCAUCCUACUCAUGCUGACCCGUACUUUCAUCGGGGCAUCUGUGCUGCAUUGCCCUGGCGGCGUAUUCGGCCCGUGUGCUCUGCAGCCGGCAUCCUUCAUUGUGCUGCCUGUCUCGCGGCAGAUCCCGGAAAGUAGUCCCUUUUGGUCGCCGGCCAUUGAGCAACUGCCCGCCGCUCGGUCGGCUGGGGGUUCCAUGCAUUCGGCCAGCACGUCCCAGUUGCCGGAGGUGUUGCUCUUUGCGCCGGACACCGGGGCCAUGGUCCUGUCGCUGAGUGCAAGCUGUCCGGCCGGGCAAUUUGGCAUCCCUUGCCAGAAUUGA